GUUUGAUAUAUCAUAUUUUAUGCAAAUUAAAUGCGAAAUAUGGCUCAGUUAUUACAUUAUUUACCUGUUUUGACAUUUGUAUUAUUUCCAACAACUUUUCUUGGAACUUACAUAAUGGCAGUGCUUUUGGAACACGUGGAACCAGCAUUCCCUUAUAUUAGUGAUGUAGCAACAUACUCACCUGAAAGUUGUAUAUUUGGUCAGUUUAUAAAUAUAGGGUGUGUCCUAUUGAUGUUAAUAGUGUAUGUUAGAUAUCGCCAUGUUCUUCAACUAAUGAGCCUUCAUCAGGAAUUAAUAAUUAUUCGUAAUAUUAACAAAAAUGCACUUUGGACUGGAUAUGCUGCUUCUUUAGGAUUAAGUCUUGUUGCAAACUUCCAAGAGACUAAUGUAAAAAUUGCACAUUUUACCGGAGCAUGCUUUUGUUUUGGAUUGGGAACAGUUUAUUUUUGGAUGCAAGCAUUAGUUUCUUAUCAUCUACAUCCAUAUACUGGCAGUAUGAUCCUAGCACAUUUUAGAAUUGUUUUAUCUGUGAUAUGUACAAUAUUUUUCAUUAUUGCUUUUAUAUGUGGAGUUUUGGCCAGACUUCAAUAUGAAGGGCAUAAUCCUAGAAAGUGGUACCCUAGUGAUGGAGGUUGGAUAUAUCAUGUCUGUAGUACGAUUUCAGAAUGGGUGGUGGCUGUAUCAUUUUGUUUUUACAUACUAUCUUUCACAAGAGAGUUUAGAAACCUUAGCAUAAAUCAGCCCCAACUUGAAUUAUUAGAAAACCAAUUAAUACUUAAUAUUAGCUAA